AUGAAGCUGUUGAAGUUUCCAUGGCUUGUACUGAUCAAAAUUCUGAAGUUCAUGAAAAUACCCGACUUAAUCAACAUUUCCUUAACCAGCCGUAGACUUCGAGAGCAGUACACAAACGAAAUCAAUCCGGGACAAAUUGAGAUUGAAAUCUGUAAUUAUUCAGCCGAUAUCUGGAUUGGAGAAUUUGAAAUCAAAUUCAGUUCGUUUACUACCGAUGACAUUGCUCCAAUCGGAGUUAGGACUAUCGGACCCUUCACUUUUAAUGUUUUCUGCUUGUUUGGCGAUGAGAACAAAAGUUGGGAAACAGUGGUUGAAGAUAUUUACACUCCCUGUUGGACACUGGCUCAGUACUACAUGACCAUUUUCCCAAAAGCUGAACUGGGCUUAUUCUGUUGUCAAGAUGAGUUGAAUGAACGCACUCUCCAACUACUUUCAUCAUGGGAUCUGGAUUUGUUCAAGGAAAAACUAUUUAAAUUUCCCGUCGAAUCAGAAAACAAUAAAAACCUUGCAAACCAGUAUUGUAAGAAAAACCACAUGUCUGCGAUCGGUUAUCAUUGGGACAAAAUCAACAUAGGAACAAAGAACUACGGAGAAGUGGAAAGUAAAUUCCGGUUCAGUGACUGUUGGCUAUCGGAUAAAUAUUGGACUAACUACGUCCUUGUAUCCGGGCUCAAAAUUGGAAUCGAAGCCUGGCGUGAUCUUAUUAAGACAUGGACAAGAGGAAAAUUAAAUGAAUUGGUUUUUGUGCGUGCAAGUGUAGUAACCGGAUUGAAUAUGUUAGAAGUCACGGAAGGAUUUCUUACUCACAUAUGGAACGAUGAAGAAAUGGCCAAGUUCGAAGAACGAACCCAUUUCUCUGCGUACUUUGAACAAAAAGGGACAAUCAUCCACAACAAUUUCGGAAGGAAGGCAUCUUUACAUUUUGAUCAGGAGAAUUCAAUCUUCACUAUGGUCGUUUGGAACACGCGAGUUUUUAAAAAAUGUCUGUUUUUGUUCCCGGAGAUUCAAGCCCUUUUCUGA